AUGCAGACUAAUUAUUAUUCAACAAGUGGAACAACACCUCAAAGAGCUCCACCAGGUUAUGAUAUGAAUCAUCUUUAUUUAAGUCCAUCUCAUCAACAAGCAAAUCGACCAGGAAUAUUUCUUAAACGAAAUGAAAAAAUUGAUUGGCGUCGAAUGGCCGCUGUUGAUGUUGAUCGUAUUGCACGUGAUAUGGAUUUUCAAGCAUUACAGGAUAAUCUCGAACAAAUAACAUUAUGUAAUAUUGAUACUGAAAUUGAUUCACGAGCUAUGGAUCCAAAUUUUAUUAAAUUAUAUAAAAUGGCUCAAUUAACAAUUGAAUAUCUUCUGCUUUGUCAAGAUCAAAUAACAACUCAAUUAGCAGAUUAUGACCAAAUCAAAAGCAAAGGUUUUUAUGAACAUGAAGGUGCUCAUCGAGAAAUUGAAAAAUUAAAAAAUGAUUUAGCUGAAACAAAAAAAGAAUCAAAAAAACGACGAAAAAUGCUUGAAACACAACAAAGAAUGUUAAUGGCACAAAAUUCGAAUUAUCAUACUUGUCCCGUAUGUACACAUGCGUUUUUAAGUGUCAAUUAUUUACAAGCACAUAUAAAACGUCGACAUCCGGAUUAUGAUUCAAGUCGAAGACGUGAACAUGAUGUUGAUAUUGAAAAAGAUAUUCAACAUUUAAAAGAUCAAUUAAAUAAAAAAGAAAAUGAAUUACAACUUAUUAAAGUUCAAAAAGCAGUUGAUGAAGAAAAAAUUCGAGAACGUGAUACAACGAUUCGUCAACUUAAAGAAGAAAUUCAUACAUUAACAACAAAAAUGACUAUAUUAGAUGAUAGAUUCACACAUAUGAGAUCAAAUGGUCUUACACGAUCACCUUCACCUCAUCGAAAUGAUAAUAGUGUAUCGGAAUUAUUAAAAGAAAAUAAAGGUUUACGUGAUGAUAUUGAACAACUUAAAAAAUUACUUCAACAAACAGAAAAUGAUUUAAAGAAAGAACAAAAAUUAAAACGACGUUAUGAACUUGAAAACGAAAAUCUAAUAAAAGAAAUUUCAAAACUCAAAGAAAAUCUUCAAUUACUUCAAAAUACAUCUGGUAAUUCAUCUCGUUUAUCUGAAGAAUUGAUUUCAUAUCAAAAUCGAUAUAAUGAAGAAAAGUUGCUUAGAAAAAAACUUCAAAAAGAACUUCAAGAUGCAAAAGGUUAUUCUCAAGAUCAACCAGUUAUUGAUCGUAAAUCACCUGUACCAUCAAUACAUUCAGUUGAUUCACCAGUUCCAAUCAGACCAGUUCGACCUGUACAACAAUCAACAGAUAUAAUUCUACGUAAUUAUUGUCCAAAUCUUGUUACACGAUUAAAAGAUAAUCCAAAAUAUUUAACACGAUUUCGUGAAGAAGCAAAAAGACAAAUCAAUGAUGAACUUGAAGAUGGAAAUCUAGGCAUAUCUGAAACUGAUACUCGCCUUACUGAUCUAGAUUUUCGAACUAAACAAGAAAGUGUUCUACGAACAAGACGAAAUAUUCAAGAAGAUUUACCUGAAUUUGAACGUAUUCGUGCUGAUAUUAGUCGAACAUUAGACAGACUUGUUACUGAACGACUUGACCUACGACGUAGUACUACAUCUAUACGUUCAACAGGUGGUAGUAAAUUAGUUACAUUUGAAGAUGAACAAAAAUGGGAAAAAUAUACAGCACAAAAGCCUUCAUUGGAUCAACGUCGUAAUCCAACAGUAGUAGUUCCAUCAAAAAGCAAAUAUGAUGAUAGUCGUCCAACAAUAAAUAAUGAUUCCGAUGAAGAUAUGACUAUUUCAAAUAUGCAUGAUAGUGAUAAUGAUGAAAGUACACAACGAGAAAAUCAACAUAAUAUUCAACCAAUACCAAGAAAAAAUCUUCCGACAACAAAAGGUGUCAAUGCAUUAGUUAAAACUAAUAUAAAACCAUCGCAAACAAAUGAAGGAAGUACGAUAUCUGCUGUUGUUACACAACCACUUAUUAAACGACCAUCAUCAACAGUAGAUAGAUUUAAUUCUGACAGUGAAAAUGAAAGUCCAGUACCACCACAACAUACAUCAAAUGCAAUAGAAAAAAAACGAAUUAUUGAACAAAAAUUACAUAUUUAUAAUAAAAACGAACAAAAACCAGGUAUAAAUGCUAUUGCACAAGUCAUUCGACCAUCUCAUGAAUCUCUUACUACUCAAAAUAAUGAUGAUGAUGUUGAUGAAAGUGAAUCAUUGACAACAUUACAUACAAAUCCUCCAGUAAAACCAUCAAAUGGUCAUUUACCCCAACUCUCAGGCCGAGAAUCAGUGAAUAAUAAUCCUUUAUCAUCAGGCGAUGUUUCUCAACAUACUUAUGACUCUCUAUGGAAAUCACAACAUAGUAAAGGUGUUGAACAUCGACGACCAUUAACAGCUGAUUCAACUAAAACUUCUAUGAUCGAUUCUGAUGAUAAUCUAGAUGGAGAAGAAUCUAAUUAA